UAAUGAAUUUCAGGCGCCUUGCAUGACUCUCCAACCCCCCACCUCAGACAAAUCAAACAUCUCUUCUCUUAUAAUAAUAUCCUCAAACACCACCAAAACAAGACCCCCCAGAAUUCCACCAUCAAAACAUGGAUCAUUCCAAAAACAACAUCAAAAAUCUCGCGAUCCUCUCCUUAAUCAUCGCAACCAUCAUUCUUCUCUGUUCUUGGGAUCCCUUCAACGACACAUCCUCGCUCUUACAGAACCGUUCCUCAGACUCCGCCUCCCUUCUUCGGCUGAUUCCGCAGAACGAUGAGCUCCAAACAGCUCUUGAGAAGGCCUCAAUGCCCAACAAGACGGUGGUCCUCACCGUCAUCAACAAAGCGUACGUCGACCCUCCGGUAACCGGCGACUCGCCUUCGAUGUUCGACCUUUUCCUCGAGGCUUUUUGGGCGGGAGAAGGAACCCGGCCGCUCGUCGAACACUUAUUGGUAGUGGCGGUGGAUGAGACGGCUCACGAGAGGUGCUUGUUCCGGCGGUUGAACUGUUAUAGACUGCGGGCUGAGGAAGACGAUUCCGGCAACGGGGGCGGAGAUGAUUUCGCCGGCGAAAAGGUUUACAUGUCGGAUGAGUUUAUAGAGAUGAUGUGGUGGAGAACACGUUUUCUGUUGGAUGUUCUCAGGCGAGGAUACGACUUCAUCUUCACGGACACUGAUGUAUUAUGGCUAAGGAAUCCAUUCACACGACUUAGCACGAACCAAACAUUAGACCUACAAAUAAGCACCGACUCUUUCAACGGCAACUCAACAUCGGAAGACAACCCAAUCAACACAGGAUUUUACUUUAUCAGAUCAAACGAAAAGACUGCAACAUUGUUCCGAAGAUGGUACGGCAUGAGGACGAACUCAACAGGACUAAAAGAGCAGGAUGUACUGCAGAACAUGAUACGAGACAAGGGUGUGAUUGGGGAGUUAGGUCUAAACGUAAGGUUUCUUAAUACCUUGUAUUUCAGUGGGUUUUGCAAGGACAGUCGAGAUGUUGGGGUGGUGGCCACAGUCCACGCCAAUUGCUGCCGGAGUAUUAGAGCCAAGGUGGCUGAUUUGAAGAGGGUUUUGAGAGACUGGAAGAGGUUCAAGAACGAGGAGAAUGUUGAUUUUGGUGGUCCGAGAGAUGGUAUGAGGAACUUUACGUGGUCCAAACAUACAUAUUGUAUAAAUUCGUGGCAUAAAAGGUUUUAGAUUGAUGAUAGAUACGUAUAUAUAUAUGGAUACUAGUCGACGCAGCAUACUUCAGGCAUGCGAGGAGUAGGGAUAAAAUUAUGGGGAUUUACAUAUACAACAAGUUUAGUUUUUCAAUUAUACAUAUUAUAAGUUGAUUUUUCUU